AUGUAUAGAAACAAGCUCCAUGGAGAUCGUAUCGAUUGCAAAGAAAUCGGCAAGAAAGACGGACCCAUCUCCUCUCAGUAAGUGUUCUCAAUUCUUGGAAUCAUUAAAGUCGAUUAAAGACGGCAAUCUCGGUCGAUGGCCGCCAAGGAGCCUGUCGACUCCUUGAAGACCAACAACUACGCAAGCAAAUCUUUCAAAUCCGUCACAUCUACGGACAAGCAGGGAGAUUCUGUGGCAGACACGGUAUAACCGAACCAAAAGCUGAAAAAUAAAUAAUUUUAUGCUAGAAGGAGCCGUCUACCGCUGGAUCCCGCGCGACCAAACGAUGCCCCAAAACUUCUCUUCCCAUACCCUCGUAUUUUUUAAUUAAUCUUAAAAAUCAAAUCGAGACUCCGGCUCCAAAAAGCGGUUGAUACUAUGCGCUCUUCCAGUUCGCAAAGAGGAAAAAGAAAAUUUGUCACAAAAAAAUUUUUAAUCUUUCAACGCUUUUUGUCUCUCACACGAAAUUCAUGUGUGAGAAUAUACUUUUUCUUAUAUUUGAUUCGAAGCUUAUUUCAUGACUUCGCGUGUUUCAUUACGAAAUAUGACGAAAAAUUUUUUUAUUUGUACGAAAUUCUUGAGUUUUUAAAUUUAUAAAAUCUGUGAAAGUAGUCAGUUUAAGGACGUUCAGAAUGGCUUUAGGUGUUAUUUGACUUUUUUUUUUUCAAAUCUGACCAACCUUUAUUGAAGCAGAGAAACUCCAGUCACGUGCCAGAAGUCUAGAAAUCCCGCAGCGAAAACUACUCACGCAUCAUUAUCUUGCAAUGAAGCAAAGAAAUCGAAGGUUAUUAGGAAUAUGAUCAAAUCGGAUAUUUUUGAUAACAGGGUAAACUUUCCUCCAGCUUGCCCAUCCCUGUGGAAACUGAAUCGACAGAAUCUCCAGUACCGGAAAUCGACAUGAAUUCCUUCACAUGGGUACUUAUUUUCGUUAUAACCAGUACUCGGCAUUUCAAUUAAGUUCUUCAUGGAAAAUACAUAAUAAUUGAAGUUAGUUAUCGAUAAAGAGGUAUCCUUAAUCAGGAAUUGGCUUCUCGAGCGCAUAUCUACGCCGUCAGUGAAAAUGCCAGUCGGUUCGAAUUCGACUUCCAUGAAGCAUGGGAAAUGUUGAAAGAAGAAGAUGCAAACAAGAAAAAAUGCAUUGUGGACAUUGUUGACUCAACUAAUUUCUGAUACAUUCACUCACAAAUCCUUUUUUCUUGUCCGUUACUCAUUUUCUAUCCGGACCUCACGAAGUUUUAUCUUUCUUUUUUCCCUUAUUGAAUCAUGUCUUCUGAAACGUGUAACUUUUAAAUUUUUUUUGUUGCUAAAGUUGCUUUUUUUUGGUCUAUUUCAUUCUUCAUGCGUUUUUGGCAUCCAUAAAAUUUUUCAACGUUUUUCAUGUAUUGAUUGUCUGUUUGAUAAGUAUACUUCAUUAUUCGAAUCUCUCUACACGGUUGGCUUAUGAAACUGCAAAUAUUUUAUAAUCAUCAAUUGAAAUUUUAUUAUCUAAUUAAUUUGAAGAAGCUCCAGUAGAAAUUUUAAGGAUUAGAUGUUGUUCAGAAACUAUUCAUAGAGUAAAAAAGGAAACGAAAAUUUAGUUGGCACUUUGGGCAACAACGGAAAGCACAUGGGCUUCUUGGCGGCUCCCAGUCAUACUGCUAGGUUUCUUGACCACUUUUGUUUCCAAAUCAGACUCCGAUUUCCAGUACUGGACCGGAACUCACUAAAGUGACCCUUUCGAAAACGCUGAAGCAGGAAAGUUUCUAUCAGGUGAACUUUCUGCCCAGUCAAGAUUUCGUGAGGUCGGAGAAACAUGUUCAUAUACUAUUGUUUCAAAAAAAAAGUGUUGUUCAGGCGGAGCUUUUUUAUCUCUUCGAUGUUCUUCUAG